CAGUGAACCACUCUUGCUGACAGUGCACAGGAUGUCACUGGGCAACACUGGAGCGAGGCGAUACUUCUUGCCACUACUGCUUGUGUGCUGCUGGAAGGUGUCGGCUUCGGGAUUUACUGAUUACGAUGACUAUAGCUCCAAUGGAACCGAUGAGAAUCAACCCGUGCAAUACAGGGGCCUGUGCCCUCGCACCAUCCCAGCGCAGAUGGUCACUGAAAACAACAGUACUUUCCUGCGUAUCUCGAAAGAUUCGCGUGGUUUGCUUGCUGGCACGCUCACCGUCGUCGUCCUCCCAUCUUUUUACACCCUUAUCUUCCUCAUUGGACUCCCUGCCAAUGCUCUGGCCCUCUGGGUGCUCGCCACACGGGUGGAGAAACUGCCCUCCACUAUAUUCCUGAUAAAUUUAGCAACUGCUGAUCUCUUAUUAUGCCUGCUGCUUCCUCUGAAGAUCUCUUACUACUUCCUGGGCAACCACUGGCCCUUUGGAGAGGCUAUGUGCCGCUUUACCACUACAGCCUUCUACGGCAACAUGUACUGCUCCAUUAUUUUGCUUGCCUGCAUCAGCAUGGACCGCUACCUUGCUGUAGCCCACCCGUUCUUCGCCCGCUCCUUCCGCAGCUCUGCCUUCGCCAUCGGCACCUGUGCUGUAGUUUGGGUGGUGGCUGUCCUCUUCACCCUGCCUCUGACUCUCUUCCGCCAGUCCUUCCCUCUCUAUAGGACCAAGCAGACUCUAUGUCACGAUGCCCUGCCAUGGAAGGAGGAAGUUGAAUAUUACUACUAUUACUUCAUUAUCCUCGUUGCCUGUGGCUUCCUGACUCCUCUCCUCAUCAUGGUGUUCAGCUGUGGGGUUACACUCCGGGUCUUGUUGGGCAGCGGUGAAAAGUAUGCUUUGGCUGCCAAGUUGACAGCCAUCAUGCUUAUCUCAGUCGUGACCUUUUAUAGCCCAAGCCAUAUCCUGUUGCUCCUCCACUACUCUGACUCCUGCGAGAGUGAUGGGACGGUCUACGUGGCCUACAUGGCCAGCCUAGCCUUGAGCACCUGCAAUAGCUGCGUCGACCCCUUCAUUUACUAUUAUGUCUCGGAAGAAUUCAGGUCAAAUGUGAGGAGGAGACUCUUUGGCCACCGGAAGGAUUCUGCAGUGUCUGGGAAGACCUUAAAAGAAACGCUGCCCUCAAAAAACUUCCAUCCCUCCCAGUCUCUGGGGUGAAGGAGAGACUCUCUUCGCUGUACUGGGAAGGAAAGGAAAACAGAAAAGGGGCUGGCUGGAGUUUUUCAUGGUCUUACCAAGAUUUUUUUUUUUUAGGAAGCAGCUAACGGUCAGUUUCUUGGAGUUCUUAAAACAAUAUAGCUGGAUAAAACCUGCCCAAUCUCAGCUCCAUUCCAACUUCCAAGAAGCCUAAUUAUAUUACUCAUUAAUUAUAAAGUCUUGCGUAGCAGAUAGUUCUUCCCCUUAUUUUGUGGCUUAACUGUAUGGCUGUGGGAAAGUCUGAGGACGUCUCUAAUAAAUGGAUACCAAGAAAACUUCCAAAAA